AUGGCAAAGUGGUUCAAGGAGUUCCCUAUGAACCUGAAAAAUGGCACUGACAGGAUUCGCUCUGCCUCUGAGUCCGGAUCCCAGCCGAGACCCAACAAAGGCGGCACCGGUACAAAAACAUCUAAAACUCGCAAGACCUCCUCCUCUGACAGCCCUGAAGGAGUUGGGUCUCUGCUAUCUGGAAGAAACAGGAAAAAUUCGGCCGCAGAUUUGAACAGAAAUGGAGGCGGCUCUCCUCAGAAGGACGGCAAAGUCUGGGACAACCUGCUGUCGAGGAAAAUGUGCAAAAACUCCAAAGCCGAGCAGCCUGUUGUUGAGGAACAGCAUCGGCCUCUGAAGAUCUCCUCCUCUGCCAACGCGUACAUCAGCCGACUGAUCCGAGUGGACAAGCUGGACAAAUGCCCCAACUUCAACAGCGCUGCUAUCAACAAUCAAGGACCAGAAGUUGAGAAACCCGUACCUCAACCCAAAACAGACACGGUGAUCAUCCUGGAGGACUACGCCGACCCGUUCGAUGCUCAGAAAACCAGAGAGCAGCGCGAGGCCGAGAGAGUCGGGGAGAACGACGGGUACAUGGAGCCCUACGACGCCCAAAAGAUGAUCACAGAAAUCCGGCGUCGUGGUUCGAAGGACUUGCUGAGAGCGUGUGUGUCGAUGGAGAGCGGGGAGGUGCCCAAAGAGGAGCCUCCCUCGCCUCAGAUCUACGACGUCCCGUAUGACAGCAGCCCGGACAAGAGCGAGAGGAGUCCCAGGGCCGGACCCGAGCCGGACCCCCGACCGCUGACGGAGUACGAACUGCCCUGGGAGUGGAAGAAGGAGCGCAUCGUCCGCUCUCUGUCAGCGCAACUCGACAGCCCCGAGACCCUGCACCCCACCCUCACCAGGCAGCCCCAGCAUCCCCCCCAGCCCCAGCCCCAGCCUCAGCCUCAGCAUCAGCACCACCGGCAGAAGAGCUGGACUCAGAAGAUGCUCAAGUCGUCCCCUUCAAACUCCUCCAGCUCGGACAGUGAGAGCUGCUGCUGCGUGGACCCCACACUGCCCCUGGAGAGGCAAAGUUGGUACCACGGCUGUGUGACUCGCCAGGAGGCAGAGUUUCAGCUUCAGUCCUGUAAAGAAGCCAGUUUCUUGGUCAGAAACAUAGAGUCCGAUAACAGCAAGUACUCUAUCGCCCUCAAGACGAGCCAUGGCUGCGUGCACAUCAUCGUGGCGCAGACCAAAGAGAGCAGCUUCACUUUGGACCAGAGCAGCUGUGUUUUCCCCAGUAUCCCCGAAGUGGUCCAUCACUACUGCACUCAGCGGCUGCCUUUCAACGGGGCCCAGCACAUGACCCUGAUGCACCCCGUCCCCCGCAUUCACUGA